AUGAUGAUGGUGCAGGAGAUUGUGGAAAAUUCAAGUCAUGAUGAUAGUACGGAGGACGAUGAUGAUAGUAAUAAUAAUAAUAAUAAUAGAUCAUCGAUUAGUAGUGGAUUUAAUGUAAAUAAUGUUAAUUCAUCCUCAGCCAAUAAUGUGAAGAGGAAGAUAAGUACGAGUGGAAUUAAAUUUCCCGACUGGGAUCCAGAUGUAAAGGAAAAGAAGGUGAAAAAGUUUGUUAAUGCUUGCUCUGACGGAAAUUUAGUGCAAGCUUUAAAGCUUUUCCGAGAAGGAGUGGAUAUCAAUGCCAAAGACAGAUAUGAUGAAGCAGCUCUAUAUAAUGCAGCCAAUGAAGGGCAUUAUUACAUUGUAAAGUUUCUAGUUAGAAAUGGAGCUAAUAUUGAUGAACCAAACAGUGGAAGUCUCAAACAAACAGCACUCUGGAUUGCUUCGUAUAAUGGUAAAUUCCGAGUUGUUAGACGUCUUUUGAAAAUGGGAGCCAAUAAGAAUGUCAGAUGUUCUCCUUUUAUUGACAAUACUUCACCAGAGGAAAUUUCAAAGGAGCAAGGUUUUCUUCAAAUAUCAGAAUAUAUUCGUCAAUUUGACUAUCCAAAUUAUAUUCGUAUUAAGAACAACAAAAAGGUACGUGAAUUUUUCUCAUCAUGA